AUUGGAUUAGUCAACUGCUGGUAUUAUACCAGAAAACAUCGUUUUUUGAUAGGGGUUCGAUAGGCGAUUAUUGUGCGGUUUUUUGCGGUUCUCGCGACCUCCCGAAAAAGAGCCCACGAAAUAUUGCUCCGCAAAACGAGCGCCCUGCCGACGAGAUACAGAUGAUGAGAUAUGUGAGUAGUGGUCGGUCGCGCGAUGAGUAGUAGCCUUGUUCUAGUAGCGCAGAGUACACUGCAAAAACGGUAGUAGUGUCGAUCGACCUCGAAAUCCGUAGACCCGACCUUACACACGACCAUCGACGACGUGGUUGCGUUCCGGUGCACGGCAGAUUCGCGCGAGUGUCGUCCCGAACCUGGUGACGAAACUACUCUGACGGAAUGUUCUGAUGAGUUUCAGUUGUUUUUUUGGUUUUUGAAAAUUGUUUCCGACGAAUUUGUGUGAAUUGUUCGAUUUCAAAAUAAGGUGACAAAUUUCUUGGAUCGAAGUAGGCCGAUGAAAAAUUCGUCCGCGACCACUGACUGGUGUCUCGGUAACUAGAUCGCGCUGUUCGCGUGAUCGAUGGCCAAAAGUUUCCCGAGUGACAGCUGCGAGUGACAACAAAUGAAGCGAAGCGGUGCGUGUGAUUUUAAUGGCCAAAAUAAAAUCGUCAAUCGGUUCGCAUCGUCUCUAUUCUGGGGUUUUCCUUACGGUCUUCGAUAAAAAUUAAUUAAGACAGCCCCGCCACUAUCCGGGUCAGUCGAACCCGUGGCCGAACGAAGAAAAAUUAUUGUGUGACAAAACUCAAAAAUAGAAUUUUCCGCGAGGGGACACUCAUUUUUUGGUUAGAAGAAUCGUUGUGUUUUCGUGGGAAGUUAUGUGUUGUUUACAUCCAAAUGUGAAAUUAAUUUUUGACCUUCGAGACGCGAAAGUCGAUACCCGAUUGUUCGAAUCGAGAAAAAAAAAAUCUAUAUGAAAAAAGCAUCAUGCAUGAGGCAAAUGUGAUUUAAUGACCUCCGAGAGCCACCACAAAAGAAAAACAAAACCCACCACCCAAAAGUGCAAUUUUAUGACAGAGCCGUCAAAAGGCAGUAAAAAGCCAAUUUAUCGACCGCAGAAGAAGCGAAGAAGCAACAGCAAAACAAAACGCGUCAAAUGAACGGUUCAGGAGUGCAGUUGUUCCGAAGGCGAAGAAAGAAGAGAUGUUGUUCGGUGUGAUCGAUAUCAGUGAAUGACCAGUUCGAGUUUGACUUAUAAUAGUUGGAAAAGAAGAGCCAAUUUUGAACCACUCCCAAUUCUAAGGAGGCUGUGAAGAUACGUAUCCCGCAAACAAACUGUUGAACAUCGCAGUAGGCCACCCUUUAAAGGUCCGUUGGUGCGUGUAAACUCCCCUUUAAAAACGGCGACGACCACGACGACGACUACAACGGCCUCGUCGUCCAGUGCUGCUGCUGCCUCUGCUGGUGGCCGGCUGCUGCUCGAAGGGGUUGGUGGUGGACGACCACCCCCACCUUCACCACCCUCACCGGAACCAGGUCUCGGCCAGAAGCAGCACCGAAUGCAGCCAACCGUACCCCAAAGCACGGGAGGUGGUGAUAUGGACCUCCCCACCGUACAAUCGAUGGAUUGGAUGUUCCAGAACAAGCAGCUCUACUUCCUAGCGCAGUAUCUAGCACAGCAAGCCGAAAAGAAGGAGAAACUAUCGCCCAACAGUACCACAGCGGCCAGCAUGGAUGGGUUGCUAAAUGCAGCGAUUGCCACCACGGCGGCUACGGCCGCAACCACCACAACCAACGUUUCGUCGCCGCUGGCGUCCUCUACGAUCAUCGAACAGAAUGGCGUUACGCCACCGUCCCCAUCGACGACGCCCCUUUCCGAAGCCGGCAGCAUCAGCGGGAAGCUCAAAAUGGCAGAUCUGGGCAGCAGUCCUGACAAAGCGCCGCUCGAUGGCAUCGAUGCGCGGCUGGAUCUGCUGAAGGACGCCAAAUCGUUCAUCAUGAACAAUAACAAUAUCAUCAACAGUAGCAACAACAAUAACACUAAAAGUGACAGUUGUAGCAGUAGUAUCGGUAACAGGGUCAGCCCCAGCCCGGGCAAGGAUGGGGAUAAUGGUGGUGUGAACAGUAGCAACAAUGAUCAGGCCAGCAGUAAAGAUGGCGUAGUUUCCGAUAAGAGCUGUGGUGGUAGCAAUGCGCAGAUCGGUAACAAUAGUCACAAUGACAGUAGUGGAAGCAGCGAGGCGAACGAAAGCGGUGAAUCGAAGGAGGCUGCAGCGACGGAGAGUCGAACGGAGCCGAAAACGCUAGCGGAGGAACUGUCGGCAAAAGAUAAAGAGAUAUCGGCACUGUUUGAGGAAGUGGCUCGUUUGCGGACGGCCAUCGCAAACAUCCAGGAAUCACACAACCUGCAGAUCCAGCGGUUAGAGGACCGCCUCGAGGAGAAGCGACAGCACAUUGUGCGGUUAGAGUCCCGCAUUGAGAAGCAGUCGGAUUUCGACGAUCUGAAGAAGGAAAACAACAUACUUCGAUCGGUGGAUUUGAGCUCACCGCAUGACUCAAAGCAAUUCCAGGAACUGCUGCUCGAACGAACCAAAGCCCUGGCGGCUCAAACCGAGGCGAUCAAAUCGUCCAACUCUGAAGGAUCACCAUCGAGCGGUCAGCCGAAGCCCGCUUCGUCGCCAGCGACGAGCAGCUGCAGCACCGCUACGAACGUCCCCCAUGCUAUUAACGCUUGUCACGCUAGUAACGACCCGCCAAACAAUAGCACUGCUACCAGCGCCUCUAGCACUUGCAACAAUGACAGUCAAAAUCUCACCACCACCUGUAGUAGCACUAGUAGUAAUGAAAUCAACUCGGCUCCGAGCCGACCGGUAUCGAGUCCAACUAUCGUGCCGCCAUCUCCGCAAUCGAUCCCAGCCGCCCCAACUCCGACUCCAACUCCCACCGGCGGCAACAGUCUUGCUCAGCUCAACUCCUUCCUUUCGCCUGCCUUGGCAAAUGUUGAACAGUUUGGUUCGUUUUUGGGUGAAGAAAUCGUCAGCACCUGGCGACGUGGUCUGGAGUUACCGCCACCUCCACCGGGCCUGGCCGCUGCAGCCGCAGCCGCUGCCGCCGCCGCAGCUGCCCGCGGUCAUCCACAGCUACUAAUGAACCAUCAUCCUCCCACAGAUCUGACCCAUCACGAGCAGGACAAAGCUAGCUCCCAUCAUGAUAACUCCUCCAGCGCUAGUACACCAAUUCUGCAAGACACCUCCCGCCACGAAGAACACAUGAACGGCGGAGGCUACACGCCGAUGCGAAUGUCCAAGAGUCCACUAGAGGACAAUAACAACACCUUGGGUCCACUCUCGCACCCAGGUCCUGGCCUAAUACAAGGCUUACCCUUCCAAUUCCAAGAGCGAGGGCAUUUUCGCUUUGCCGAAGAUCUACAACUGCCACCGGGGUCGAUGGCUGGACGCCUUGGCGAUUCGCUCAUCCCCAAGGGAGACCCGAUGGAGGCCAAGCUACAGGAAAUGCUUCGCUACAAUAUGGACAAGUACGCCAAUCAGAAUUUAGACACGUUGCACAUCUCGCGGCGGGUUCGUGAACUACUCUCCGUACACAACAUCGGUCAACGGCUGUUCGCCAAGUACGUGCUCGGCCUGUCACAAGGAACCGUAUCCGAACUGCUCUCCAAACCGAAGCCAUGGGAUAAGCUCACCGAAAAAGGCCGUGACAGUUACCGAAAGAUGCACGCCUGGGCGUGCGACGAAAACGCUGUCCUCCUGCUCAAGUCGCUGAUCCCGAAAAAAGGUUCAGAGCCCGGAAUGCCUUCGUUUGGACGACCCGAGGGCUCGGACAUGAAUGACGACCGCAUCCAUCACAUCCUGUCCGAGGCUCAAUCGAUGAUCAAGCGAGACUCGCAGGAUCUCGUGACGCCUCAACAUCCGUCGCAGCAGAUGCACCACCAACAGCUCCAGCUCCAGCAAUCGCUACUGGACGACUCGCAGCACAGUGAUAAUGACUCGAAGUCUCCGCAUCAUCGGGACGUCCAGUCGCCAUUCGCCAAAGAUUACCUUAACCGACGUGCUGGUUCGAGGAAUAACGAUUACAUCCCCCAGGACAAGAUCGCUAAGAUCUACCAGGAGGAGUUCUCCAAACUGAUGCGAAGUCCGCGGGAGUUUCCAAAUUUCCUUUUCCCUCAUUUCCUUGGCGGCGGUAUGCCACCGAUCGAACGCCUCCAGGACGACAACAUCCGCAUGGCCUUGGAAGCCUAUCACCGAGAGCUGGCCAAGUUGCAGCAAAAUGCUUCCUCCGGAGCCGGACUUCCCAACAUGCCGAACAUCUCCAAUUUGCCGAACUUCCUUGCCCUCCAUCAACAGCAGCAAGCUCAACAGCACGCUGCCCAACAGCAACAGCAGCAGCAACAAAAUCAACAGAUUGGACUUAACGGAUCGGUCCAGGACCUUUCACUCCCGAAAGAGAAACAACCCUCCAAACUCAACGGAUCGAUGACGGACUUGGAAAGCGAGAUCGAUGCUGCCAACAAGGAAGUAGACGAAACCAUGAAGCACAGCGCUUUCAGUUUAGUCAAGCCAAAACCGGAACCAGGCACUUGCACUCCAACCACCACCGCCUCGUCUGCCCCAAGUCCGAUCAGCAACAGCAUCCUGCCACCGGUCAUCCCGCCAUCGGAAGACAUGUCUGUCACAGUCAGUCCCCUACAAAGGAUGGCCUCCAUCACAAACUCCCUCAUCACUCAGCCUCCAGUCACACCACAUCACUCGUCCCAGCAGCGACCACUCAAAGCCAUCCUUCCACCCAUCACUCAGCAACAGUUCGACCUGUACAACAAUCUCAACACCGAAGACAUCGUCCGACGUGUCAAGGAAUCCCUCUCGCAAUACUCCAUUAGUCAACGACUCUUUGGCGAAUCCGUACUCGGUCUAUCGCAGGGCUCCGUCAGUGACCUGCUUGCGCGACCCAAACCUUGGCACAUGCUCACCCAAAAAGGCCGAGAACCCUUCAUCCGCAUGAAGAUGUUCUUGGAAGACGACAAUGCCGUACACAAGCUAGUCGCCAGUCAGUACAAGAUUGCCCCGGAGAAACUCAUGCGAACCGGCAACUACAGCGGUUCUCCUCAAAUCCCCGGUAUGAUGGUCAAACAGAUGCCUCCUCUGCCGAAGAUGCUAAGCGACUCCAUCAACAAGCUCCAGCAAGACCAAAAGACGCUCCUCCAGCUGCAAAUGUCCCAAAUGCAACAGAUGCCCCCAACGUCACAAGCACAGCAACUCCAGCAGCAUCAACAGCAACUCCACCAACAACAAAUGGCAGCCGCGGCAGCAGCUGCCCAGCACCACGCUCAACAAGAAGCUGCCGCCCGCCAACAACAGCAGCAACCUCCCUCAUCACAGCCAUCCCCCAUCCCUCCCCCGCCGCAAUCUCUCCAACAACAAGCCAACCACCAGCGACAGCAACCAUCCCCCCAAACGAUGCUGCUGACACCGCCCGGCAUUCCACCGCAACACGCCAUUCCUCUGCAAACGUCCGGUCCACUGGACAAGAAGCCACCCCUCAUGCUCGGCAUCCAUUCCCCGCAGCAAACGUCCACUCCCGCAAGCCACCAACCAGGUCCACCCCCUGGCGUCAACUCCAUGCGUGGAGCCCUCCAUCAGCACAUCUCACCCACCGUGUACGAGAUGGCAGCCCUAACGCAGGACUUGGACACCCAAACGAUCACCACCAAGAUCAAGGAAGCGUUGCUCGCCAACAACAUCGGUCAGAAGAUCUUCGGCGAAGCCGUUCUCGGUCUCUCGCAGGGUUCGGUCUCUGAGCUCCUGUCUAAGCCGAAACCGUGGCACAUGCUCAGCAUCAAGGGCCGAGAACCGUUCAUCCGGAUGCAACUCUGGCUCAGCGACGCCAACAACGUCGAACGGUUGCAGAUGCUCAAGAACGAGCGCCGUGAAGCGAGCAAACGGCGACGUUCUACCGGGCCCGGAGCUCAGGACAACAGCUCCGACACCAGCAGUAACGACACCUCCGAAUUUUAUCACUCCAAUUCGCCCGGACCGGGAUCGGUCGGUUCCGGUGCCGCUCCGCCCAACAAGAAACAACGUGUGCUCUUCUCCGAAGAGCAAAAAGAAGCACUUCGCCUAGCGUUCGCCUUGGACCCGUACCCGAACGUACAAACUAUCGAAUUCUUGGCGACUGAACUCGGCCUCUCCACUCGUACCAUCACCAACUGGUUCCACAAUCACCGAAUGCGACUAAAACAGCAAGUCCCUCAUGGUCAACCCAGCGAACCAAUUCCCUCGCGGGAGAACCAAUCUGGAGCGCCCUUCGACCCUGUUCAAUUCCGAGUACUGCUGAGCCAACGGUUAAUGGAAAUCCAGAAGGAACGCAUGGGCCUCAGUGGAGUUCCCUUGCCCUACCCGCCGUACUUUGCUGCCAACCCGAACCUGGCGGCCCUCAUCGGACGAGGAUUCAUUCCCGGGGACGUGGACCUAGCAGCUUUGAACAAAGCAGUCAGUGAACAGAUGAGCGGAUUGGAUCUGUCGAUGCCUUCAUCGGUCAAACGGGAAGGCGAAGAGGACUUCGAUGAGGACGGUGAAAGUGGUCAUAUGAGCGAUUCUGAAUCGGUGGAUGGUGGAGCGCGAAGAGGAGAUGGCGACGAGCACUCUGCAGCAAGUUUGUCGCUAGCUCAAGCUAUGAGUGCAAUGUCGAGGAUAAACCGGCGAAAACCGGCUGCUCCACAGUGGGUCAACCCAGACUGGCAGGACGACAAGAAUCCGGGCAUUCCAGGCGGUGAGAAGAAAGACGGCGAUCUCCUCAACGGAGUUUGCAUGAUGCAAUCUGAAGGAGUCCAAUCGGUUCAGCAAAGGUUUGUGGCUGCAAUGGCUGCGGCAGCGGCAGCAGUCGCGGCGGCUGCGUCCGGUGCAAGUGAUAAUGAACAGGAUGAUGCCAAGUCGACGCAUUCCAAACAGUCGAUUGACGACCAGCAGCAACAGGAAGAAGAGGAAGAGGCUCGUGAAGAUAAGGACGAAUCUGCGGUGAGUGUGGCGUCGACGGCAGGCGGUGAAAAUGGCGGGGAGGGGUCCGACAAGGACAAGGAUCUGGUUCAGGUCAAAACGGAACUGAUGGAGGAAACCGAACGGUGGGAGUAUUGAACGGAAAGACCGGUUAUGAACCGAUCCGAGUAGGCGGCGGCGAAGGUAAGCUGUCAAAAAGUCAGUGCAAUCGAUAAUAGCUAAACAAAAGAACGCAAACAAAAAAAUGCGACAAAUAAGCAUGGAAAAAGUCCGAUCCGAAUGGACAAAAAUGUGAUUUUAAAACAAAUAUGAGAAGAACAUUUCGAUGAACUCUUCUGUUUUAUCUUUGUUAUACAAUUUGUUUUACGUGAAUGGAUGCUCGUACUAUUUUCUUCUUUUCCUAAGGUAAGCUCUAAACUCUUUAAAAAAUCUCUGACUGCGAUCCAACUUCCUCAGUUGUAAACAAAUGUUUAUAUAUUUUAAACCUUGGUUUUCUGUUCCAUUGUACAUAUUUUACCUUGAGCCGAUAGGGAUAAGUUUUUUCCUUCUUUUGAACUAUCAAUAUAAGAAGACUGUUGAAACAAGUUUUAAAUAUAAUAUCGAUGAUUAUAAAGUGAAUGAAAUAGCGUAGAUUUUAAGCCACUAGUGUAACUUUUAAGAGAGGGAUAACACAUUUUUACAUUAGGAUUAUCGAACGGAAUCGAACAAACCCUUCUACUUUUCUGUUUUAGUUGUAUGAGGGAUGAGUUUUUCUCCAAAUUGCAUUUACUUCUACCUAUCUCGAGUCUAAGCGCGAUCAUAGGGCAUAUUCGGUAAACUUUAACGUACUUAUAGAUAAAUAAUGCUAGCGAUAAAUAUGUGUCUCCCCCCUCUGGUGAACAAAAAUCCCCGAGUGUUUUCCCCGCAUCAGGAGAGAAAAGAUAAUCAAAAAAAAAAAACUCAAACCAUGUGGGAACUUUUCGUGAACGGAGAAUCAAAAUGUUAGAAAUCGAACACCGACCGAAAGUAUCUUGAAUGUAAAUAAUUUAAACAAAAUAUGGAGAAAUUCCCAUCUAAUGAAUACAUAUACACAUUAAAGCAGAAACACUCACAAACACAAGUAAAGGAAAAAAGGCCAAAUAUUUAGCAGAUAGUGAUAAAAUCAUUAAAAGUAGCGAAAAUUUUAAGUUUUCUGUAAAUUUUCUUCUCCAAUGUUCUUUUAUUAAGCUAUAGCGACUAUUUAUUAGCAUGUCUUCUUUUUGUUUUAGCUGCAAAUCAAGUUAAGAUUCGCGAAAAGUACAGGAUUUUAGAAACUCAAAACAAUGUACACACACUUAUAAUUACUGCAUUAAAGCCAACCGAUAAUGAUGGAACAGUUAAAGUUCAUAAAUUUGCAUAAGGAACGAUCUCAAAACCAACCAAAUAUAUUUAAAGCAAACAGAAAGUAAAGAACAAACACGCAAAUCUCUCACACAAGUGUUGGAAAAGCAACACAGAAAACGAGUGCAUUUUCACGCAAAUGGGAAGAUGGGGCAGUCAAAUUUCCCUCGCCAAUCGACUUGUGCGUCGGUCGGCCGUGUAAAUCUUUUGUACAUAUAAUUUUCUCUCAGUUCAGAAGGCUCGGAAAGAAUCGAACGCAAACUUUGCUUGUUUUGGAAAACCUAUGAAAGCGAAGGCAAACCGCGCAAAACGCAUAUCCGAAUUUAAAGGAACAACAGAAUUAAAUGAAAAGUAAACAAAUAUUUAUUCAGAAAUUUUAGAACAUACACACAAAUCGUAAAGAAAACAUUAAUUUUUACAAUGUGUAAAAAGAUAGCAACCCUACUGGAAAAGAAACAAAAGGAACCACAGUCCUUGCAAAUUAUCAUCAAUCAGCAACAGCUACAAAAAGAUAAAACAGUGUAAAUUUAAAACCAAGAUCGAAAUUUGUGCUGCUAACAUUGGGUUUCUUUGAAGUUCUUUUCUGGAUCGCAUUCGUUCGUUCGAAAUCGCGACGUUUAUUUUCUCAAUGUGGAACAACAAUUGUCACAUGCAUUUAGCUGACAGACUUCUCACUUUCAGAAAUGAAAGCGAAAACAGUGGGAAAAUAAGACGAGUAAAAACAAUCAAAUUGUUUGAAUAAAAAUAAAUUUAACUGAAAUAGCUAGGAAUGUGAAUUUUAUAUAACAAAAGAAAAUGCAAAUGAAGGAAGGCAUAAUCUAUAGAAACGAAUCGGAGCUAUUGAAACAACACGGAACUUUUAGAAACAGGAAAAUUGCAAUACGUAAACAAGCAUCAUUCAAGUGGACAUGAAUAUUUCAAAAAAAUAUAAAUUCAAAAUAUAUUGAAACUUACAAAAAAUGCGCUCAUAGUUCAAAUGUUUAUUUCCUAAAAUUACAUCGCCAGCUCAUUGAAAGGACAAAGCUACAAACAUUUUGUUGCAAUCCUUUUUGUGAAUGGAAAGAAUGCGGUAUACUUUUCCAAGCUCACCGCAAACCACGAUGAACACAAAUUAUGUUUAAAGCAAGAGACAAACAUAUUGAAUUUGUUAACUUAUUGCUGUCAAUUAGUUUUCCGUUUCUCAUGUUUCCUUUUAUUGCUAGUGAUACCAUAAUUUAACGAAUCACUGCAAGCUUCUUUGUUUUAUCAAAAAAAAAGAUAGUCGUGAUUAGGAGACACAUCUUUGUAGAUAAUCCGGGAAACAGUUUGUCCAUCUCUCCUCCUCUAAGUAAAUUAGAAACAGAAAUCAGAAUUUGACCGCUAAGCAAGGAGACAUUGUAAAUUAAAUAUGUCUAUAAAUCAGCUGAGUAAUGGAAAAAAUAGUUCACAGGAGGAGAAUAUCUGUAAACAUGAAAAUGAAUGAAAGUACAUAGCUCUGUAGCCAU